ACCUCUCUUUCCUUAGCAUGCUAAGUUUCCCCCUUCCUUCCUUAUCCUCCAUUCCCAUCUCUCUCUCUCUCUCUCUCUCUCUCUCUCUCUCUGCAAUUGCAAAUGACAAAAAUCGACAUAACAUCACCCAAACACUGCGCCCUCAAGGAAGCAAGGUUCUACGACAACCUCGACAAUCCCAAGCUCUACAAGAGGCUCUUCUUCGCCUUGUCCACUCUCUUCACCACCCUCCUCACCCUCAUCCUCCUCAUCUACCUCCUCCUCCACCCCACCAAACCCCGCUUCUCCCUCCAACAAGCCCAAAUCUACCAGCUCAACCUCUCCACCAAUCCGCAGCUCAUCAACUCCUCCGUCCAAGUCACCCUCAUCGCCACGAACCCCAACACCAAGGUCGGCAUCUACUACGAUGGCCUCCGGGUUUAUGUCGCCUACAAGGGCCAGCAGAUAACCCCCGACACUCCGCUUCCGCCCUUCUAUCAAGGGCACCAGGACACUAAUCUCUUGACCGCCUCCCUGGUGGGGACCUCGAUUCCCGUCGCUCCUUCGUUCAGUUAUGAAGUGGGCCGCGACCAGAGCGCGGGCGAAUUGUCGAUCAGUGUCAAAGUGGAUGGGAGGAUCAGGUGGAAGGUGGGGACUUGGGUCUCGUGGAAUUAUCAGAUCAAUGUCAACUGCGCCGCGGUUAUGGAUUUCGGGCCGGCGAUCCCAACCGGCCCGUUGAGUACCAAGCAAGGAAGCCAAUGUUCUACUUCUCUGUGAAAGAAGGGAACUUAUGAUCACCGCUACUUCUGGGAUUCAAUGCAUUUUCAAGUUCGUGGUUUCGUCUCUUUUGUUUGAUACGGUUGGCCUUUGGUUGAUGUAUUUCUAACUUUUUUUUUUUCGCAAGUACAUGUGAUGUUAAUGAUGGUUGAGAAUAUGAUAAAGGUUGAAAGUUAUAAUGAGAUGUGAAGAGCUUCUAUUGAUUUGUU